UUCGGGCGAGAUGGACAACGUCUUCACGGCAGGCGAUGGUUCCGAGAAGAUGACCACUUACAACAUCACCGGCGCCGCACUCACCAACAGCAGCGACAGGGGGAUGAACUUCACAGACCUCUACGACUCCAAGCCGGAAGCCAUUAUCGUACCUUUCGUCUUCGCCGUCAUCCUCAUCGUCGGCGUCACGGGGAACCUUCUCCUCAUCCUCUCCUUCGCGCGUCACAAAACCCUCUCGACGCCCCACAAUGCACUAGUCGUCAACCUGGCUUCCGGUGAUUUCAUUUUCUUAAUCGUGUCACUUCCGUUUAACUCGAUGUGGUACACGCUCCCGUACUGGCCGUUUGGCUUGACGUUGUGUAAAGUCAGCCACUUCGCUGAAAACCUGGCUACCGGCGUGGUCAUCACGACCUUGUCCGUGUUGAGUAUUGAACGGUGCCUGAUCGUUACCGGGAAGAAACUUUGGCGCCAGAAGAAGAAGGUACCAAUCCUGAUGACGAUAAGUCUUUGGGUUGUCUCCGCCGUGAUAGCGUUACCGAACCUGCUCUCUUCGAACAUUGUGUACCAUUCGAUCAAUAAACAAAACCCAAUUUGUGAUCUCUACGACGCGAACUGGGGCGAACUUUACAAAAAACUGCACGUUAUUUUUAGAUUCGUCUUGCUGUUUUGUCUCCCUUUGCUAGUCAUCGCCGUGGCUUACACUAUCAUAGCCGCGCAUUUACUUUUGAGUGCUUUCCCUUUGUCGAAGCGGACCGCCACAGCUAGCAAGCCUAAAAACUCGUCUGAGUUGAAACAACUCGUGUCGAAAAACACGGACGCCGUCGACGCGGCUGACGCUAACUCGAGUAAAAAACAAGGUAAAGACUCCAACGACGCCGGGAACUCUAAACACGCCGCGUCUUCAAAACCAGCGUCACAAAGUCACGACGAAAAAUCUGGAAAUUCCGGAACCGGAACUGAAAUUUCCGAGAAUAAGCAGACGACUUCACAUCCCAAUAGUUUCGUCUACACUGGCCCCAUCCCGGAAAACGACACGCCCUACCAGAAAAAAGACAACGCCCACCCCCCGGAAUCCAAAACGGAAACGAUAAAAAAACCGCCAACGGAAUCAACCUCGGUUCAAAUCGCGAAAGAAACCACCCCGUUAAACCCGACCACGCAAGACCUCUCCGCGAAGCCUGCUCCCCCGGCUUCGCGGCAAACCACCAUGCUGAUGAAACGACGCCGGCUCGCGCUCACAGUCCUCAUGCUCAUCCUCGCCUUCGCCGUUUGCUGGACUCCAAGGCACAUCUUCUUCCUCUGGUUCCACGUCAUCCCCGGCGGCAACUACAACCACUUCUGGCACAUCUUCAAAAUCGUCGGCUUCUGCCUGUCAUUCUCAAACUCCGCCGUCACCCCUGUCGUAUUCUACGUCCUGGAUUCCAAAUACCGAUCUUUCGUGCACCACGGGUUGUGCUGCCUGUGCAUGAGACGAUGCUCCCGGAAGGACCGUCCGGCCACGGAGACCGUCAUCACCAUGGGGGACCGAGACUACACGGCAACAAUCGCCAUGACGGACUUAAAAUCUAAAGACAAUGUCACUCAGCUAUAGAAUGAUUCCUCGACCAUAGCAAUAGACUUAUAGUAGUGGUAGAUUCGAUAUGGCAUUCAACUCUUACA